CAAUUCCCCCCUAACCGAAUGACAUGAUUGCUCGUUGUUGAACGCAGUUCCUUCGUAUUUGCGACAUUUCAUUUUUCUUCUUCCUCAACGCUGCUUGAUUGGAAAUUCAAACCCAAUUCGUAGGUUUGCCAAAGUUAAUUUGGUGGCUGGAAAUGCUGACUUUUCUUAAGAAAUGGGGCUAAAAUCGCCUGAGAAUGGGGAGGCGGAAGGUGGAGAUGAAGCGAAUCGAAGACAAGAGUAGCCGUCAAGUCACCUUCUCCAAACGCCGCUCUGGAUUGAUCAAGAAAGCUCGCGAGCUAUCCAUUCUCUGCGACGUCGAUAUCGCCGUCGUCAUCUUCUCCAGCCGCGGCAAGUCCUACGAGUUCUCUAGUACCAACAGUUUGGGCAGCACCUUUGAACGUUAUUGGAGUCACAAUGGAAGGGAGUCUGCAAAAGGUUCUAAACCAGCAUUUAUUUCAUGUGCAGAGCUGCUAAAUAUGGUUGAAAGCCAACUUGAACAACCAAACAUUGGGCAGCUGAGUAUGACUGACCUUACAAAACUAGAGAACCAACUCAGUAUGUCACUUUCAGAAACUAGGGAUAGAAAGACAGAAUUGAUGAUGGAAUACCUUAGGAACCUCCAUGAAAAGAAAAGGUUGCUGGGAAAAGAAAAUGAGGUCCUCCAAAAAGAGGUUGCAGCCAUGGAAGAGAGUGACACCGUCCGGAAUACGGUGGCAAUAGUUGAUCCACCGCCACGCCUAACACUAACGCUGCUUCAGUAGGUGGCGCUGCUGCGGCUGCUUGCUGUAGUGGGAUGCCCUUUAUAGGGCCAGUGUAGCGCAGGCAAGAAAGAGAUUCGUAACCCCUGUCGCUAAGAUAUUUCAACAUCUGUCUAUGAUUCACCUCCCCCGUGAAUGCAAUAAGUCCUUUUCAGGAACCUUAAUUUCUACAACCUUCUUGUCCAUAUCCAGCAUGAAGUGCUGUGGUGUUAAUAUUUUGUUGCAUAUCUAGUUGUCCUACUAUAACAUAUCAUCCAUAAUAUUGUAAUGUAACAAUUGAAUAUGUUGAAUUGAUUUUAGUUAAAAAGCAUCGCUGGUGCAAAAUAUCUUUUUCUA